AUGGCCAGAAAGAACAAGAAGCAGCAGGCUGGUGCUGGCGGGGCUGCUACAACAGUGUCAGAGGCGCCGACUUCGAAGCGCAACGAUUCUGCAUCCUUCGACGAGCAAGCCCUGUCUGUCUUGACUACGAAAAUUGAGAAGGGAUUUGGACAGAGCAAGUCAAAGUCGACGUUCAAAAAACCGUCAGAAACCCACAACAACCCCGGUGGCGGUCACGACAAAGAGAAGGCAGACGUGAAGCUAAAGAACAAGGACGGUAUUGGAAGAAUCAAGCCUUCGGAGCUUGCGCGAGGGACGAAGAGAGAUGCAAAUGGGAAAGCCAAAGCCGCCGUGAAGCAUACUUCCAGGAGUGACGGUACGCCAACAGACUCGCAAGACAGUAGGGGCAAAGAUGAAAGAGCAAUUCUACUCCAGGAGAUACUGGCACUCGGGGGCACUGAAGAGGAUCUGGACUUGGUGGCAGACGCUACGUCUGACGAGGAUGACGAUGGGCCUAACACCGCAGACCCUCUCGACGGAUUAUUUCAAAGAGACCUGGUUAGUUUCGUUGCCGGUUUAGGUAUUGAAAGCGGAGUAGAAGAAACAUUUGAUUCACCCGCCGAGCAUGACGUCGAUGAUGGCUGGGAAGGGACUUCUGGUUCAGAAUCUUCUGGUGAGGAUUCCGAAGACGAAAAAAUCUCGAAUCUGCCAUUGAAGAAGGCGAAACUGUCUCCUAUUAUAGAAGUCCAAUCGUCAAGUAAUCCUAACCGCCUUGUUUUCGAAGCACGACCUGACUGGCAUGCCGCUCCAUUACCUGUUCUCCCAAGCCCCGAUGGACAAAACGCGUCUCGUUACCAGAAUGCCAUGAUAAGUCUGAAGGAUUACGCAAAAAGUCUGAUGGAAGCUGAUAGUAAACUGUAUGCAUCUAAGCAUCUUUCGUCCUCAUCAUCCCAUCGAUUCUUGUCAACCAUCAUGGCCUCGGGUACACUUUCUGACAAGGUCUCCGCUUUGACAUUGGUCGUCCAGGAAUCUCCAGUCCACACUACAAAGUCUUUUGAAAGUCUUCUAUCACUUGCGAAGAAGAAGAGCCGUGGGCAGGCCGUGACUGCACUGGGUGCGUUGAAAGAUUUGCUCGGCAUGGGAGUUGUCUUGCCAGCCGACAGGCGCCUACGAUCCUUUACGGGACAACCAGGCCUUAUUGGUACCCUACAGGAAGAUACGAUAACAUCAUGGACAGUCGGGCAGCAGCUGCCAGGAAGUAUCACAAAGCCGCAGCUCAUCUCAUGGGCAUACGAAGACUGGUUGAAGGAAAUGUACUUUGACAUGCUCAAAGUCUUAGAAGGCUGGUGCAAUGACGAAUUGGAAUAUGCACGUCUUCAGGCUGUGACAUUUGUCUACGAGCUUCUUAAAGAGAAGCCUGAGCAAGAAGCCAACCUACUUCGGCUACUAGUCAACAAACUGGGAGAUCCAGACAAAAAAAUCGCAUCGCGAACCUCAUAUCUACUACUCCAAUUACAGACUUCUCACCCGUUGAUGAAGCCCAUCAUUCUACGAUCAAUUGAGAGCGAACUUAUCCUACGUCCUGGUCAGAGUUUGCAUGCAAAAUAUUAUGCAAUCAAUACGCUGAACCAAACAAUUCUGAGCGGUAAGGAGGAAGAGGUUGCUAGAAUGCUUCUUGGCGUUUACUUUGAAUUGUUUGUGUCCCUUCUUAAAAAGCCGGAACCAAAGGCAGUUGUUGGACCUCUCAUGAACCGAAAAGGCCAAGUACAAGGCGGAGGUGCUCCAAUGGGAAAGAAGGCCAAAAUGAAGGCUGAAAAGGAGGAGGAAGCCAAGUUGACAAGCGAGGAGACAACAGAAAAAAUGAUAUCGGCCGUCUUGACAGGUGUCAACCGUGCGUUCCCUUUCUCAAAGUCAGAUGACGGCAGUCUCGAAGGCCAUAUGGAUACGCUUUUCAAAAUCACACAUUCAUCCAAUUUCAACACAAGUGUCCAGGCCCUCAUGUUGAUUGAGCAGCUUGCCACGUCUAAGCACCUUGCUGUAGACAGGUUCUAUCGAACACUAUAUGAAUCGCUCCUUGAUCCACGACUUGUCACCUCGUCGAAACAUGCUUUGUACCUCAACCUUUUGUUCCGAGCAUUGAGAGCAGAUCUCAACAUUAAGCGUGUCAAAGCAUUUGUCAAGAGGAUGUUACAGAUAGUAACGCUCCACCAACCGCCCUUUAUUUGUGGUGUCCUUUUCUUGAUUAAAGAGCUGGAGGCUACUUUUCCGGGAGUGAAGACCCUACUCAGUGAUCCCGAGGAGAGUGAUGAGACGGAAGACGAGGUUUUCCACGAUGCCCCAAAGGAUGAGCCCGUGCUAGAUAUCAAGGAUUCUGAUGGUCAGUCGAGGCCAUCGGUGCAAUAUGAUGGCAGGAAACGAGAUCCGGAAUAUUGCAACGCUGACAAGAGUUGCUUAUGGGAAUUGGUCCCUUUCCUUGUGCAUUUUCAUCCAUCAGUGUCGUUAUUUGCUUCCCGUCUAUUGAACGAUGAGAAGAUGCCACCAAAGCCCGAUCUGGUAUCGCAUACCCUCACCAACUUCCUGGAUAGGUUUGUUUACAGGAAUGCGAAAGCAUCUGCCGGUGGAACCAAGGGUGGCUCAAUCAUGCAGCCUCUUUCAGGUGGAGAUAGUAAGGGAAUUCUCCUCUCGUCGAAAUCAGCAAACAGAAUACAGCAGCCGUUUAAUACGGAAGGAUUCUGGAAGAAGAAGGUGGAAGAUGUCGCUGUAGAUGAAGUAUUUUUCCACAAGUACUUCAAUCAGAUUGGAAAGUCAAGAACUAUCGCUGGGCAGGGAAAGACGCCUCCGAAAUCAAGCGUAAAUUCUGGGGACGAAGAGGACAAGGAAGAAGAUGAGAUCUGGCAAGCUCUUGUUGAGUCAAGACCUGAGGUGGAAGGCGACAAAGACUCCGACAUGGAAAUGUUAGACCUAGAUGAUUCUGAUGCUGGAUCUGAUAUAGAUGACGUGGAAGUCAACAUGGAUAGUGAGGAUGAUGAAGGUCUUGAGGCUGAAUUCACUGGCUCGAAUGCUUCUGUGGAUGAGGUUGACAAUGCUGGUGAGAGCGGAGCUGAAUCAGAUAUCGAUGAAUUCUUCGCAAAGGAGCUGGAUACAGACCAGCCGAAGGAACCCGAGAGAGGUGACGAGACCAGCAGGCAACGGAAACAGAAGUUCAAGAGUCUGCCAACAUUUGCAUCUGCCGAGGAUUAUGCAGAAAUGCUGGAUAAUGACGAAGAUGAGGAUCUAUGA